AGUGCCUGGCAAUGCUUUCAGGAUCAUGUAAGGAUCCUUAAUUUAAUUUAAUGACAAGCCUUUUGUUAUCUUAAUCACCCUGCCUCUGUGUAUAAACAAACUCCCAGCUGUACUUGUGUUCCCAUAACCCAGCCUGCUUUCAAAUCCCAGCUGUGAGUUCCUGCCCCACAGCCUCCUCUCCGCUUCCCAUCUCUCCUGCCCUCCAAGGAAAAGGGGAUAAAGCAGAGAGGCUGCAAAGUGCCACUGGAAGUGCCAGCCCCGCGGAGCCUCCCGCUGCCGGGGGAUCCCGGCUGGUGCCAUCCCAGGAGCCGCCCCCGCCCCGCAGAGCCCCCCCGCCAGGGCGUCUCCGCGUCGCCUUAAGACUGGCCGGGCCCCUCCCGCGCCGGCCGGGAGCGCAGCGGAGCCGCCAGCCCGGAGCGGGGCCAGACCCUGCCGCGCCGCGCCGGACCGGACCCUGUCGGAGCCAGGCUGAGGACGCUGUGAACAGUGUCCUGCCCCCAGCACAGCCCCCGGCCAGGAGCAGAGGAUGGACGAGCUGCUGAAGCUCAUGUACCUGAACGUCUCGGAGCGGCUGAGCCUGCCCUGGGAGCAGGCUGGGCUGUGUGGCCCCUCGGUGGGGAACAGCACCGUCCUGGUUGUGGCCUACAGCGCCCUGCUGGCCGUGGGGCUGGUUGGGAACCUGGGCCUGGUCUGCGUCAUUGCCCGGCACAAGGAGAUGAGGAACGUCACCAGCAUCUUCAUAGCCAACCUGGCCUGCUCCGACCUGCUGAUGAGCGUGGUGUGCCUGCCCAUCACCGUCAUCUACACGCUCAUGGACCGUUGGGUGCUGGGCGAGUUCCUGUGCAAGGCCAGCCCCUUCGCGCAGUGCGUCUCCGUCACCGUCUCCAUCCUCUCGCUGGCCUGGAUUGCGCUGGAGCGGCACCAGCUCAUCAUCAACCCCACUGGGUGGAAGCCAGGGGCCACUCACGCCUACCUGGCCGUGAGCGUCACCUGGCUGGUGUCGGGCUGCGUCUCCCUGCCCUUCCUCGCGUUCAGCGUCCUGACGGACGAGCCCUUCCGCAACCUCAGCCUGCCCUUCGAUGCCUUCGCCGGCCACCUGGUGUGCGUGGAGAAGUGGCCGUCGGAUGGGCACCGCCUGGCCUACACCACCGGGCUGCUGCUUGGCCAGUACUGCCUGCCCCUGCUGCUCAUCCUGGCCUGCUACUGCCGCAUCUUCCUGCGCCUGCGCCGCCGGCGGGACAUCUUGGAGCGGCCCCCGCACGGCUCCCGUGCCGCCAGCCACCGGCGGGUCAGCGUCAUGCUGGCCUGCCUUGUCGCCGCCUUCGCCGUGUGCUGGUUGCCCCUGACCGUCUUCAAUGCCCUGUACGACUGGGCCCACGAGACCAUCUCCGGCUGCUACCAUGACCUGCUCUUCUCCCUCUGCCACCUGGCGGCCAUGGCCUCCACCUGCAUCAACCCCGUCCUCUACGGCUUCCUGAACACCAACUUCCAGCAGGAGCUCAAAGCCCUGCUCCACCGCUGCAGCUGCGCUGUGGAGACGGACACGUACGAGAGCGUCCCCAUGUCCACCGUCAGCACCGAGGUCUCCAAAGCCUCACUGCGCAGCGGGGGGGUCGCCACCGACGCCUGACGGGCGGCUGCUCCCAGCGUGUGGUGCCAAGAGCAGAACCCACCAUAGCCUCGCCCGGCGGGCGGGGGGAUACUGCUCUGUUGUACGCACUCUCUGCACAUCUAGGGCAGCCCUCUGCCCCUCCCUCAGGCACAGCUCAGAUCUGGAGGGAGCCUGGAAGUGAGCUCCAGGGAACCCCAAAGAAACCAGCCAGAGCCUGGCCAUGAGAAGUCCUGGGUUCUGAGCCUGGCUCUGACACACAUUCUCCCUGAGCCACUCACUCAGGCUCCAAUUUUCAGCCUGGAGAUUUUCAGAGUGGCCGGAGGCACCCCCUGGAAUGGAGGAGCAGUGGGUGUCUGACUGCCCCAGAUAGCCCAGUGCUGGUGCCUCGUUCUAACCCCGUAGAUCGGGCCCUGGCUGGGUUUGCCAAAGGGCUGCGCUGCUGGAGCUCAGCACCUGUAAAAAUCAGGCGCUGAACUCUGGAGUGAGGCGUCUAAUGUGAGGCAUCAGCCUAGAGAUUUUUGGCCUUCAUCUCUCUGCCUGUGUUUCCCCUGUGUUCAGACGAGGCUGAUAACACUUCGCCAUUGCACAGUUCGGGAUGGGCAUGGCGGGAUGAAACGAACACGCUUGGAACAUCAGCGGCCCUGUAAUAGGGUUAAGCAUCAUUAUCACAUUGGAAAUGUCCCUGCUUGGGGCCUUUUACCAAGUAAUGGAUGAGCUGGUUUUCAAAGGGGGACAACCCCCCCGCAUGCGCAGAUGGUGGGUGCAUUGCCUGGCUGGGUGAUUCAAUGUGUAGUCGGUGGUUAGAUCUGCAGCUAUGGGAGGCAAACACAAAUUAUUCCAGGUGCAUUUAAAGAACAUCUUGAAUCUGUCUAUUGUAUCCUAGGCAUUCCUGCCAGGCACAUUGAUUGCCAUGGUAUCUGAGCACCGUCACACGGAACUAUCCAGCAGCACAUGCGAGCAGCUGACUUGUGCAAGAAAAUCGCCAUUUUCAUGUGUAACUGGGGCAUUAGCACCUACUUUGAGUCCUAUGAAAAUUCUGCUGUUUGCAAAACAAUACACAGAGCCCUUGAUUUCAGAGAUUUGUGAUGAUCUCCUAAAACUCCCAAAUGACCGAUUUAAAACCAAAAAAAAAAAAAAAAGAAAAGAAAAGAAACCGAUAUUCCUUUAACUCAUUUGUUGGUAUUUUGAAGUGAAAAAAAGAUGCAGUCAGGAUGGGCUAUUAAAGGGGCGCUGUGGAGAGAUGGGUCACUUGUUUUUCUAAAAGCAAAAUCCCCUUAUCUGUGACUCCGGUAGCACCUUAGAUUAUUCAACCUGAAAAAGAAUUCCGAGAUCUAAUUUCCUUUUCACCGGUGAGUUUUGUGCUCCAUUCUCCUUUCAGUCCCACCCGUUUUACAAGUGACUGCACAGGUGAUAUUCCUGAUUUACACCAAUGUCCGGAAGUGGAGAAUCACUCCCCUUACUGUAUUUCCCACCAGCUCACUCAGUCACUGGCAGUAGUUGGUUUCUGAGCAGUGUCACUUUCUGGGGCUUCCUGGUUGGGGCCAGGGCCGGCUCCAGACCCCAGCACGCCAAGCACGCGCUUGGGGCGGCGUCCCGCGGGAGGGCGGCAGGCAGCUCCGGUGGACCUCCUGCA